AUGAUUUGCGGCGGCGACGGCGGCGCUGGGUCUGCACGGCUGGGUUGGUGGAGGAAGGUGCCCUCACGGGACGAGCAGCUGCCACGGAUCCCGCCGAUGAGCAUGGGGACGAAUCCCAACUCGUUUGAAGCACUGCCGUUGGAUAGCCGCGCUUGGGAUUUAAACUUUUUUGUUGGGGGCCCCGUGUGGUCCCUGGACUGGGGUCCCACGCCCAACGGCUCGCUGUCCAAUCAGCAUGUGGCACUCUACGCCAACAGCAGUGCCCUGGAUCUGCACAAACUCAAUCAGAUCCACAGAGAGCCGGCCCUACUGCAGGUGCCACGAAUGGCGCGAAUGGGGCUUCUAGCCGCGGCCUUCUCGGAUGGCAAGGUUCGAGUGUUCUCGCUGCCGCAUGCGGAGGACCUGCCUCAGGCCCAGCUCACCGACGCUGAAGGUGACGCUCCGUCCGCAUCCGCUCUCAAGCUGCCGAACAAAAGAUAUAUAAGAAACUUCUUGGUGACAGCCAGCCACGACCGUUGGAUUAAGUUUUGGGAUGUGCGACGGGCGGAAGAGCCGAGCAGCGCGAUUCGCCGCCACCAGAACACAGAGGUCGCGUGGCUGUUGCACAGCUGCGGGGUCGUGGUGGCGCAGGAGAACUGCUACGCUGCAUAUGGAGUAAAUGGCAUUCACUACCUGGAUUAUGGCUUCCUGGGAUACAAACCGUACCUCUUCAACCCCAGAGUGGGAACGAUUUGGAGUGUGUCGGGCUCGGACUGGCUGAAUGCGGUGUUUUCAGGAGAAAGCACGGGAGAAGUGAUCGGCGCCAUUCUUCCAAACUUUUGGAAGAACCCACACAACAUCAAGCACCCCUACUACAGCAGAUUUCCAGUGUACGCAACCCAGCUGAAAGACGUCCCUUGCAAUGAAGAAGGACAUCGGGAGGAAGCAAGUCCGCCCAGUUCUACAUUAAAUGAGCAAAAUGUGACAGUGGUGGCAACGGAUGGAAACCUGUCCAAGUAUACAGUCGUGUUUCAUGACACUGACCUGACGUGUUUUGAUGAUACCAAUAACCGAGAACCCUUUCAAAACAUGAAUUUUACAAGCAGCAACCACGCAACCUUGGAAGGAAAGCUCCCCAUUACGGGCAUUCACAAGGUUCGAAUUAAUCCCAACCUUGAUGCCCACGUUUGGAUACUGUCAGCUGGCUUUUCGGGAAUUAUUCGGGCACACAAUGUGUUUGCCAUGAAUACUGCGCUGACAGACCCACCAAAUGAAGCCUGCCAAUCAACUGCUUCAGAGUCCACUAAGGAAAUAUAAAAAUGUCUUGGAAAUUGUAAAUAAAGGAGGGCAAGCUUGCAUAUUAAAGACGGUCACCGCAUUGCGUGCGUUCAGAUGCACUUCUGUGGCCGUUUGGAACGUUCUCCCUUCCGAUAUUAAGAAGCCGCUGGACCUAUGCACCUUUAAAUCUAGAUCGAACACAUUUCUUUACAACUGGUUUUGUGUUUAGUUUGUUGUCCUUCCCCCCGCACCUCCGAUGAGCACGGUUGGCUACGUACAGUGGUGCGAGAGAAGUUGUACAUACACACAGUACAUAUUGACAACAAGGAAUUGGGACGUGUGGUUCACAACGUGGGAGCUACGUUACAAACACAGUUUGGAGAAACGGUCGCAUGCCUCGUGGCAGCAGGGCUCCUCGUUGAUAAUCGAUUGUGGAUUUGAGGAAUCUCAGAUUGCACAAAGAUGUGUGUUGUGUUGGGUCAGACCAGAGACUCGUAUUCCAUGCCCUCUCCUCGCUCCUAUUCAAGCAAUACAGUCCGUUCUCCUAUAAUGCAGUAGUUGCGUUCCUGAACAGCACCGCGUUGUGGAAAAAUCGCGUGAAAGUAAAUAAUAUGUAAUAUGGUAAAAACUGUCCGCGAUAACACGUGAGAUACGUACGCAGGCUGAACAAAGACUGAGCCGCAUGUGUAGCAUCUGGAAGCAUCCAACAGCAUCCCGCCUUGUGCGAUGCUACGCCGAGGCAGCCAUGCGACCGCUUAUUUCUAUUCGUGCGACGUUCCGUUCGCUCCAUCGCUUUAUAUAUAAUUCGCGUCCGCGUUAUAAAAAAAUGUUUCCUCGUACAUGCAUUGUGUUAUAUCCAAUUUGCGUUUUGAAAAGGCGUUACAAGAGAACAGACUGUAAUCCUCCCUCCCGGCUUGAGGCCUCCAAUGAGAGAGUGAUCGCGUGCACAUUUGUAAUUCAUGAUCAUCGCUCUAACUCGGUGAUGAUGGUUAAAAUGAUCCUAGCAGUCAUUCUCACAUUCGUGACAUUUAUAUGCAUUUAAAAGGGUUGAAGCGUGCAUCGUUUUAUUUAGAGGUGAUGAGCACUGUUUGAAAACUUAAUUCGCAGAGUAAAAAACAUCAUCACAGACUCCCUCCUCAGCCAUUAACGACCUUGCCUAAGGUGUCCGAGUCCAGGAUCAAAUCUUUCCCUUCCCUCUUGCGCCUGUGACACUUGACUCUGCCUCUUUUGUUUUGUUCAGAGGCCACUGAGUGCACGGCCUCUCGACGUCACCGUGGUGAGAUGCUUUGUGAUGGCCACGGAUUUUGUUUUGUGAAAUAUGAGACGUGCGACAAAGCAGAAGGAAUGUGACCAUAAACAGGGUUCCACUAUA